AUGGACGAUCGCAAGAGCGUCGGUAUUAUCGGCAUGGGCGACAUGGGCAAGAUGUACGCCCGCCGGCUGAGCACAGCUGGCUGGAAGGUUCACGCCUGCGAUCUUCCAGACAAGUUUGAUACAUUAGUGGCAGAGUUUCGGGACUUUCCCAGAGUUGAGAUCAUGCAAAGUGGUCAUCUUGUGUCUCGUUGCAGCGACUUCAUCAUAUACAGCGUCGAGGCGAAGAACAUCGACGCGGUUGUUAAGACCUUCGGCCCAUCUACAAAGGUCGGCGCAAUAGUCGGUGGUCAGACCUCAUGCAAGGCCCCGGAGAUGGAGGCUUUUGACAAACACCUUCCUAAAGACGUCAGCAUUGUCUCCGUGCACUCCCUCCACGGGCCAGGCAUAGACCCGAAAGGGCAGCCACUGGUGCUGAUCAAGUAUCGCGCCUCGGAUGCUGACUUUGCGUUCGUGGAGAAUGUUAUGUCCUGCCUCGGGUCCAAGCACGUCUAUCUUUCCGCCGAGCAGCAUGAUCGCAUUACAGCGGACACACAAGCUGUUACUCAUGCCGCUUUCCUCAGUAUGGGCGGUGCAUGGUUCGCGAACAACCAAUUCCCGUGGGACAGCUCGCGCUACGUCGGUGGUAUUGAGAACGUCAAGAUGAACAUUACCCUCCGCAUCUACUCUAAUAAGUGGCACGUCUAUGCAGGUCUUGCGAUCCUCAACCCAGACGCGAAGAAGCAGAUUAAGCAGUAUGCCGAAUCUGUGACCGAGCUGUUCAAGCUCAUGCUCGCAGGGCAGCGGGACGAGCUCCGUGAACGUGUGCAUACCGCUCGCAAGGCUGUGUUUGGCGAUAACGAGGAUGGCAAGAAGCUGCUCCUUCGAGAUGACUUGCUUGACCGAUUCGCUUUAGGCACAAUCCCAGAGAAGAAACUCAAAAACAACCAUCUCAGUCUACUCGCCAUGGUAGACUGCUGGUGGAAGCUAGGCAUAGUCCCCUACGACCACAUGAUCUGUUCGACGCCUCCCUCGCGCAUGUGGCUCGGUAUUACAGAGUACCUCUUCUGCAACCCCACGCUCCUCGAGGAAGCCAUCGACACGGCCAUCGACGACAACACGUUCCGGGCCGACGACCUGGAGUUCACCUUUGCCGCCCGGGACUGGAGCUCGCGUGUCAGUCUGGGUAACUUUGAUGGCUACCGGGAGAAGUUUGAGGAGAUCCAGAGAUACUUCGAACCGAGGUUCCCGGAGGCGACCAAGUUAGGGAAUGAAAUGAUCAAGGUCAUCUUGCAGAAAACUCAGGAAACUUGA